AUGUAAUAUUAGAUUUAAAUCAUUGACAUAUAGUCUUAUGAAAAUAAAUAGUAUUACAAUGUCAGAAUUACAAAUAACUAUUAUACUUGUUAUCGAGAUGUGAGAGUACGUUUUUAGGAUCUUUAAUAAUUGUCUCGAAACCUUUAGGCUGAUAAUUAUCAACUUCAUGUAAGAGAUUUAAAAAUAUAAAAUAAUAGUUGCCUUUAUUUCCAGAGAAAUCAAUUUUCAGUUCAUGGUUUCAGAGUAGUGAGAGUAAAGAAGAAUUAUAAGAGUAUCUUAAAUCUAUUUAAACAUACUUAAGUCAUAUUAAUAAGUAAGAAAAAGAUAUUUAUACUUAAGAAUUAUAAUCUAUAAGCCAGAUGCUAUAAAUUAUUUUGUAUGCAACACAUUUGAUCCUGAAAGACUUAAAUGUUUAACAUUUGGUAAAUUGACUAAGGAGAUUCUUUAUAGCAAUUAUAUAAAAUCAGCUUAAAUUAAGAAGAGUUAAUUCAAUAAAGUUUUUAGAGUGAGUGUUCGUUAAGUAGCUUUAACAGUGCAUUAAUAUUUAAUUCCUUAAUGUGACUUUGCUAAAGUUGAAUAUGAUCAUUUUAAAAGAUCAUAAUUACUUAUAUCUGAUUUCACUUAUAUUGUUAAAUGUUUAGAAAUAGGUCAUAUCCUUAAAAAUAAGUCUUUCUUUAAUAAGAAGAUCAAGAAAACUAUAUAUAAUAAAUUUAUUAAAAUUGAUGACUUAUAGUAUGAUACAGUAUAUGCAGUUGAAGAAUGGGUAGAAUAACCAAUGAGUGAAUUAAUAUUUUUAAGAGCUUAAACUCAUAAUUUAUUUCAAUUAGAAGUUAUUUUUGAAGCCAUAAUUACUUUAGUAACAGUGGCUUAAUAUCUAUAAUUCUUAUAGAUAUUUUAGAAAUAAUUCUCUGUAAAUUAUUUGUUUUAUGAUGAAAAAAAAGGAUUUAAAAUUGGUGGAUUAUCUCCUAUUCUUGCCUAUAAAAAAAAAUAUCAUAUUUAAUAUGAUAAAGAAAUUAAUGAUUAUUAAGCUUUAUAAGCACCUGAAAAUAAUCCAUAAGCAAGUUAAUUUGGUUAUAGAAAUAAUUUCAAUCUUUCAGUUAAGACAGAUGUUUGGUAAAUUGGAAUAGUAAUAUUAUCAAUGGCUUCACUUACAUAACCUGCUGAAUUAAUAUAAUAAGAAGCUAUUGAAAAUAAAUUGAAAUUUGUUUCAUUCUAAUAUGGGUAUGUAAUUUUUAAAAUUAGGGAAAUGUUAGGAAAUUUAAUCAGGAAUAUGCUGAUACGCAAUCCCAUUGAAAGAUGUUCUUUAAUAGAUGUUAGUUGUGCUGCUCAAAAUCUAUUACCCAUGAGAUUAGAAUAUUUAAAAUAUGAAGAGAAAAUUGAGAGAAUUUAAGUUUAAAUGUUAAUAAUUUAAAUAGAUUACUUCACUUUCAUAAUAAUCACUUGAAGAAUUAGACAAAUCAUUUAAAGAGAAAAAUAAAAGAAAAUAUAUAAUUCAAAUGACUGUCAGUCAACCAAUUGUAUAAUAAAUGUUCUUAUUUUAUUUGGAAAGAAUAAAAAGAGAAAAUGUGACACAAUUAUAUAUCAAUCUAAUUCAUUAAUAGAUUCCUGAUGAUUUGAUAGAUAAAAUGAUGUUAAUCAUCAUUGAAUAUAAGUAUCUAUAGUAAUUUAUAUUCAAUACGAAAGAAUGUACUAUUAAUCAAGUUGCUUGUUUAAAUAUAAUUAAUCAAGCUAAUCUAAUUACUCAUUUAAAACAAUUAACAUUAGGAAUAAGCAAAUUUUCAAUUGAUUAGAUUCCUAUAACAAAAUUUAGAGUGGUUGUGUAUAACCAAUGA